AUGUUGACCACCCGCUUCUCCAGACCCCUGUCACAGCUCCUAGGGAAAACCUUGAGUUUCUCUGACAGAGAAAAUGGAACGAAGCGCACAUGGCUGUUUUACUCUGUCUCCUUUGUCCCUGAGGGCUGUCACACUUAGGCCAAUGCGGUGAACCCGGUUGGCAGCAAAGCUGUCCUGGUUACAGGCUGUGACUCUGGAUUUGGGUUCUCCUUGGCCAAGCAUCUGCAUUCGAAAGGCUUCCUUGUGUUUGCUGGAUGCUUGAUGAAGGACAAAGGGGAUGAUGGGGUCAAGGAAAUGGACAGCUUCAAGAGUGAUUGAUUGGGAACUGUCCAGCUCAAUGUCUGCAAGAGUGAAGAGAUGGAGGAAGUGGUGGAGAUCAUCCGCUCAAGCCUGGAGGACCCUGAGAAAGGCAUGUGGGGCCUAGUGAACAAUGUGGGCGUCUUGUUGUUCGGGGAUACGGAGUUCACCAGCAUGGAGACCUACAAGGAGGCAGCAGAUGUAAACCUCUGGGGCACAGUGCGGACAACAAAAGCCUUCUUCCCCUUCAUCCGAAGGGCCAAAGGCCAUAUUGUCAACAUCAGUAGCUUGCUGGGCCAAGUGGUCAUCCCAGCCCACUCCUCAUACUGCAUCUCCAAGUUUGGAGUGGAGGCUUUCUCUGAUUGCCUGCGCUACAAGAUGCACCCUCUGGGUGUGAAGGUCAGCGUGGUAGAACCUAGCAACUACAUCGCUGCCACCAGCAUCUGUGGCCCCAAGCGCAUCCAGGCCAUUGCCAAUAAGAUGUGGGAUGAGCUGCCAGAGGUGGUGCGUAAGGACUACGGCAAGAAGUACUUUGAUGAGAAGAUCGCCGUCAUGGAGACCUACUGCAUCAGAGGCUCCGCAGACACAUCCCCCGUCAUCAACGCUGUCACCCACGCCCUGACUGCUGCCACCCCCUAUGCCCGCUACUACCCUAUGGAUUGCUCCUCGUGGCUGUGAAUGCAGAUCAUGACCCACUUGCCUGGGGCAAUCUCCGACAGGAUCUACAUAUGCUGA